CGAGGUUCGCGCUCCACGCAGCAGAUAAACAAGUCGACGUGUUGGUGUGUGGCGCAUGUUUUUCUCUCGGUAGCAAAGAGCAGAGUGCUUUGUUUGCCAACGAUUUUUGAGAGCUCUUAUACUUGCCGGUUGCUAGUGUUUGAGUUGAAGGUGUAUUCAAACAUUUGCUUGAUUGAUCUGCAGUGGCCAAGUUCAAGAUCACGGGUCACAUUUCGAUUUAUUUCCGCCUGUAAAAGAGGGGCCACGUCAGAACUCGAUCUAGACCAAGGCUAUCUAAGGGCAGAUACUAGUACUUUCGACCUCACAGUGUCCUGGGCUCCCCACAAUUCGUUCCCAGCGAUGAAGAUCACGGUCAAGAUCCUCAACGAGACCUUCACGGUUCCCUGCAAAGACGGCUCCCAGAAGAUAGAAUGGCUGGCGGAGGAGACCAUGCGGCGGUACCGGAAGGCGCGGUCCCUGCCAGUCGAUCUGGCGGGAAAAUCGCCCGGGUUCCAAGUCAGGCGGGCCCGAGGGGACGGCCUGCUAGACCCCGAUGAUCCCAUCGUGGACGUCUUGGACGACAACGAUUUCGUUCACGUCGUGUUGAGUACAGGGUGCGGCAGUGGCUCAGCCCUGGUACCAGCCGGUACACAGUCUGGGCUGCACUAUCAGGAACCUAUUGAGUAUCUGUCCCUGGAUGGCAACUCCCUCACACCAGCUGAUCUCAUGCAGUUGGGAAAAGGACUCUACAAAAUCAAGUUGACAGACAACUCCCUGUCCAAGGUAAAAGAAGCGAGAAAGUUGCUGGAAAAUAUCUUGACUGAAAACAAAGUGUGCUAUGGAAUUAACACAGGCUUUGGCAAGUUUGCAAGGACAGUCAUUCCAGGCAACAAGUUGGUGGAGCUGCAAGAAAACCUGAUCAGGUCUCACUCUGCAGGUGUUGGUCCUCCCCUGACACCAGAGAGGACCCGUAUGCUGUUUGCCUUGAGAAUCAACGUCCUCGCCAAGGGCUACAGUGGUGUUUCUUUCGAGACUUUGACUCGGAUGAUCGAUGCAUUCAAUGCGUCCUGUCUGCCAUGGAUCCCGGAGAAGGGAACUGUCGGCGCUAGCGGAGACCUAGCCCCACUGUCGCACCUGGCGCAAGGCAUGCUGGGAGAAGGCCGCAUGUGGUCACCCAAGACUGGCUGGGGAGAAGCCAAGGAUGUUUUGGAAGCACAUGGACUGAAGCCUGUCAAGCUUGGACCAAAAGAGGGCCUAGCACUGAUCAAUGGCACACAGCUCAUUACAUCACUUGGAGCCGAGGCUCUGGAGCGUGCAGAAGGGAUUGCUCGCCAGGCGGACAUUGUCGCAGCCCUGACUUUGGACGUACUGAAAGGAACAACCAGGGCUUUUGACAGCGACAUCCAUGCAGCCCGGCCACACAAGGGUCAGAUCGAGGUCGCUCGCAGGUUCCGUUCACUACUACACUCAGAGCUCUACCCGUCCGAGAUAUCAGAGAGCCACCGUUUCUGUGACCGUGUACAGGACGCGUACACCCUGAGAUGCUGCCCGCAAGUUCAUGGAAUCGUCAAAGACACCAUCGACUUCGUGAGGGGCAUCAUCACCACGGAGAUGAACAGCGCCACUGACAAUCCUAUGGUUUUCCCCCAAAGACAUGAGAUAAUUUCCGGUGGUAACUUCCACGGCGAGUACCCAGCCAAGGCCCUGGACUACCUGGCCAUCGGUGUUCAUGAACUGGCUUCCAUGAGCGAGCGGCGGAUCGAGAGGCUCUGCAACCCAUCUCUGAGUGAACUGCCAGCCUUUCUGGUGGAGGAGGGAGGACUGAACUCCGGCUUCAUGAUCGCUCACUGCACGGCUGCUGCUCUGGUAUCAGAGAACAAGGUUCUGACCCACCCGUCGUCGGUGGACUCCCUGUCCACCAGCGCUGCUACCGAGGAUCACGUGUCCAUGGGCGGGUUCGCUGCACGUAAAGCACUGCAAGUGGUGGAGCACGUGGAGCAAGUUCUGGCGAUCGAGCUGCUUGCGGCGUGCCAGGCUAUGGAGUUCCUACGGCCGCUCCACACUACCGUCCCGCUGGAGAAGGUGUACGAUCUCGUCAGGAAUGUGGCAGACCCUUGGGACAAGGACCGCUUCAUGUCUCCUGACAUUGAUGCUGUCACCAGGCUGCUGCGAGAGGGCGAGGCUUGGGAAACUGUCAAACCAUAUGUGGAUGAGUACCAGAGAGAGGUAGUACAGAUUGAUAGGGUUUGGGGAGCGGCCAAGCCGUACCUGGAUGACUUCCACGAGCGGGAGGUGAAAGAGCUGAGGAUGGGGUCUCCCACCAGUAGUUACCUCUCAAACCUACCUCUACAUCAGCUCAGGAUGGGCCCCUGAACAUCCAGAGGAGACCAAGUUGUGGACUAGGAAUGUCUCCAAUGUUCUUCAAGUUUGGGGCAGAAAUGUUUAUGUUGGGAACAAAAUUUUGCCACAUUUUCUGUAAUUGUGGUUGGUUCAGUACUUGCCAUGACAGUCAUAUAAGUCAUACAUGUAUGUAUGUGUUUAAAACACAUUCAAUACUGUUGACAACAGAACCAAAACACUAUCUAAUGAUUGACUCUUUCAAUACACCAAGAUUGACUUUCUAGGUUCAUUUGAAGUAUUGAAUUUAUUAGAAGCAUUAAAAGCAAUAGUAAUUCUCUCUACAUAAACUAUCUCAAGACUGUAAGACCAGAGCACAAUGCCAAUGUUCUACUACCAAAGUAAAUAAUUAUCUCUACCACUUUCUUCAUAUCUGCUUUGCUAUCAAUUGUUUAUAUUCAUUGUGGGGCAGUGUUUUCAACAGGCCAUGAAAUGUAUAAAGAUGCUCAUGCAUCUUCUCACAGACCUCAGUUUUACUUACAUUUAGUGUAUAACUUACUAUUGUGUACUGACGGAUCGUUCGGUGUAGUAUAACCAGCUGCUGCCGCCGCACCGCGUGCCUGCGAAGCUGGUGUGUUGCGCCGAAUGGCGGUUAUACCGGCUAUAUAGAUACAGAUAUAGAUACUGACCAACAGGUUCAUUUAGUAGUUAAGAAGGGUUCUAAGCCAUUUGUUAGUCCUGCAUUUCAAGACAUUGAUCAAAGCACCUUAAGAAUGCACCAGACUUCUAGAAAAAAGUAAGAGGUAUGGCCUAAGGGGAAUGGCUUAAAAAGCUAUCUGUUCUUAAGCUGCAGUAUAACCUGUACUAACAAAAAUGGUGUGCUUCACUUCAGUAUAACUGUGGGCAACUGAAACUGAUAUUUGGACAGAAAUCCGUUCAUGCUGCUAACAAAUUGUGAUCAUGGUCAACUUUCAAAAGCAAUAGAUUUAGAGUCAUGAGAAUUCAUAUCACUGCAUAGUAGUGUUUAUAUUUUUUAAGAAGGUUUAGACUUUAGAGCUUGCAAAGUACUGCUAUAACUGUUCCACACAUGUCUUAAAUGGAACUAAAUUUCUCUCUACCACAUGGGGAAAAGCUUGAAGCAAUCAGCAAAGUAUACCACAUUGUAUUAUCAUGGCAAAUACUAGUAUGUGUCCUUGUAGAUGAAGAGUGUUGGCAACUUGUGGCAAGUACCACAUUGUAGUAGAUUUAAUGAAGUAUAUAAUGUAUAGAUUAUGGGUUUGCCCUACAGUAACUGCCUUAGGUCUUGUAUCACAUUUCCAAACUUUGGCCCAGCCGGGCAGCUUUGGGGAACGAAAUAUAGAAAUGUAUACUUAAAUAUAUACACAAAUAAUGGCCACGACUAUUUUCUUUACGUCUUGUGAAUGUACAAGAUAGAGAAUGAAAUUUAAGGUCCAAGGACCCAGUGAUAGAAGUGAUAGUGUGUUAUGGAUUAAAGAAGUUCAAGAAAUUGUUGAAUAUAAUGUAUUAAGCUAAACCACUGAAUAAGAGUGCACCAAUACAACCUUGGUGAAUGAAUAGAAUCAUCUCUACAGUCAGUUUACAUCAUGUACAAAUAUCAAGAUUGUAGUUGAAACAAGUUAACGCUAGUUCACCUUUAUCCGCAGGGUAACCUAUGUUCGUUGUGUUUACCAACACGGUAUUAAGGUAUAUCAACUGGACGGACGGUGGUUUCAUGUUGUAAUAAUAUUGUUCAUAAUAUUGUAGUUUGAAACUACCGUCCUUCGACUUCAUAUCCCUAAAUAUCCAUUUCUGAAAGCAACGGAUAUAGGUUACCCUGCGGAUAAAGGUAACCUAGCGUUACAUUGAGAUCCAUGCACAGUGGAGAGUGUAUGUAUUGUUGUUGAUGUCUACAAUGUACCAAAGAGGUUAUGUUGAUGUAAAGCCUCAAAGUUGACUUGAAUGCAAAACAAAAUACACUGAAUAUGCGUAAUAGCCAACAUAUCACAAUACAUGAUUGGGGAUGUCAAAAUUAUCUAGAGCAUUAUCAAGACAGAAUGACCGAUCAGAAUGCCUGGCAUAGAAAUUCGGCAAGCUGAUUUGUUGAAUCUUGUAAUGGGAUCUAUGCAUGGCAACAGCCAGUCCUUGUUGACAAUGUGUUUCAACGUUUGUUAGCCAUUGAGUCCUAUAUGAGCCGUAGUCAUUUUCAAGGGAAAUAACCCUGUAACAAUGUAAGAUUUCUUUUUUUGCGAGAAAUUGGGAACAAUAGCAAAAUUGCAUUCUGGCUGAAUUAGUCUUAAGUUGGUUGUGUAUGGUUUAAGGUUGAGUUUCAAAUGUUUGUGUAUCAACUUUUGGGAAUAUAGGUCUACCAAAAUAAAAACAUGACUACAAGA